CACUAAUAUGGAAGACGCGAAUUUCCGCUUGCGUCCGGUGAUAAAUAACUUGCAUUAGUUUUUAAAAGAAGUUAGUAUACACACGCUAAUUAAGCGUUUAAGAUAAUAAUCUAUGAUUUUUUAAAUUGACCUUCAAGUUGAUCUUUGCCAUUUGAAUGCUUGGAGAGCAGUUAGUAACUUACACAAACGUAGCAAUAGUACUGACAGAAAAACUGAAGAAGUCUACCCUGAGAAUCAGGUCUUAUCGGCGCACUGUUUACUUCAAUAGGCUGAAUACAAGCUAUUUGAAUAUAACAAUGGGCAUCGCGUAGAAUGCGUGGCAUGCAUUCCUAGGCUUAUAAAAUGAGUGGAGAAGGAGGAGACAAGAAGUGAAGAAGUCAUGCCAUGGUCAUGUAAAUUUCAAGAUUAGAUUCUGCACAUUCACAUAUUCAUAUGAUGAUGAUGACUGAUGAUGAUUGAUGAUAUGCCUAGUUGCCUUGAUUUUAGGUGCUAUAGAGUAGUACUUCUCAAGUGCUUCUCCAGGCUGCAUCUUUUUUAAAUAAUAAUAAACUUUUUUAAAAAUGCAACCAAGAGCUCAAACUGAUUCAAAUGAAAUGCCUACCUAUUAAAAUUAAAUUAACUAUUCCCUUAACUAUUAGGCCUUUCUUAAACUAUAGUAUAGAUUAUAGAUACUAUUAUUACAAGUAUAACAUAGACAUAGAUUCUUAGCGUUAGCAUAGAUACUUAGCUUUUUAACAUAAUUAGUAUUAGGCCUAGUAGGCCAAAUUGGUGCAAAUGCUAGUUUUAAUAGAUAGCCAAUGUUAUUGGAAUAGUUUAAAAGCAACUUAAAUAUCCAAUGCAAAAAUAUGAAAAAGAUAUAUAAUAGUAUUAGUAUGCUAUACUUAAGUGUUUUUAGCAAUUGGCCCUCCUUAUAAAUACAGGCCUAUAUGAUAUAUACUUACCUUUUAUAAUUUUUUUUUUUUAGUUUAAGGUUGCCCAACAAAAUAUACUAUUGGAUAUUGUCUCUAUGUUCAAGUAGUAGUAUGUGUAAGACUUGUCAAACAGUAACAUGACAUUAUGGUCUAGGCCUACUUUUUAUUUAAUUCCUAACAAGGCUGUGGUAAAAGAAAGCUGCACCAAUGGCAAAGCCUAAAUUCAGGUGCCCGAUUCCUCAAAAAGCUUUAUAUUAUAUAUGCCUAUGCCACCAUCAAAAUAUUUAUCUUUUACAAUAGGCACUUGUAGGGUUAUAACAUCAUGUUUUUUUUAAAAAGUUCUUUAUCAUCUUGUUAGAAACAUUUUUGAUGUAUUACUUUACUGGUAAAUUUGUGGAAUUAAAACUAAUGAAACAUGACAAAUAAUCAUUAAUUAAUUUGAUAAAUUAUUCUAUUUUGUUUGAUAUUUCAGUGAAUAUUGUCAACCAUGACAUAACAACUGAAUAAUACUUUUUGUUCAUCACAAAACUUAUGGAAACAUACUAAAGUUAAAAGGUGUUCAAAAUGGAUACUGUGGUGUAAUAUAAAUUGGAAUACUUGCAUUUAGCCAGGUCUCAGUUAUUGCAGUGCCAGCAGCUAUCUAUCUAAUGUCAUCAGUCAGGAAUUUAUGUUCAGUGCUCUAAGAAAUUCUUAGGUCAAAUUGCUUGUCAUGGGGAAUAAGAACUCUUGCUGUGUUUACCAUAGCCCAAAAAAUCGUCCUAAGAAAGGAGAUGCAGCCUACAUAUAUCAACAGCAAGGUUCACCAGUGGAGGAAGAAGGACCAAAUUAUGUAUCUCAACCUCAAACCACUAUACCUGCCUCAGGGGGUGUACCCCACAUAAGUGAGCGAGAGCCUGAAGGUAAAGUGAUCAGAAUUCUAAAUGAUGGCCACUAUUCACCUUUGGUCUAAUGUAUUUUCUUUUUGGUAGUCACCCUUUAGUAAGUAGUCUUAACUAUGUUGUCUUAUAAAGGAAGUAAGCUAGUUACUUUUGAAACAGCUGGAUCCCCUUCUGUGGUUUAUAAGAUGUGUUUGCAAAUUGAUUGGAUAAUAAUAAGAAAUAAUAUUUAAUAAUAAGCAUUAAGUAUGAUUGAUCAGUGUUUUCAUCUUAUCUGUACUACUGAAAUUAUUUUUUACUCUUUUUUUUGUUCUGUGAAUUUUUGUUAUUUUUAAGGGAAAAAAUGACACAAAAUAAUUACAUGACUAGAAAUUAUGACUUUAAUAAUAAGAAUUUAAUAAGCUGACAUGAGUUAUAAAACAAAAUCCAUUAUUCCAAUAGCCAUUCUCAGUUUGUGAAACCCAUACAGAUUAAUUAAUGAAUUAAUGUUUAGUCUUAGCAACUAAAAAGUUCUUAUUUCUAUAUUGCUAUUAGCAUUUUGGAUAUAUAUUUAACAGAAAGUGAUCAUGAUCCUUCCAGUCAUCCUGGGGCAAAGCCUAUUUUUUCUACCAGAUCUGAGUCUGAGAUUUUGAGAAGUAAUAUUGUUUUACAUUUUUUGUAAUACAUUGUAUAGUUUAAUUUUUAAAACUCUUUGUUGUUGAAAGAAUAAAAAAAACAUUUAAGACAGUCAAAUUUAUUAAUUAAAUAUCUUGACUGUUAUUAAUUCACCAAGGCUGUACACAUGUACGUUCUAAACACUUAUGUAAAUAUACUGGUUAAUUUAAAGUGAUUUGAGACUUUUAAUCUUUUAUUUUCAGCUUUUCUCCCUGAUCUAAAAAAAUAUUGUCUUGAUUUAUUCUGCAGAUAAUCGUAUGAGGAGGAGAAGUCAGAUGAUUCUGACACACUCUGGUCAUAAACAUCAUGUAAGUAACUUUGCAUUUAUUCUCAAGAUAAAGAAAUGUUAAACCUUACACAACGCUAUCAGGAAAAAUGAAAUAUAUUUAGUAAGCCCAGUUUUGGAAAUUACUAAAAUAGUGGUUAAUUUUAAACCACUGAAUUGUACCAUAACAUUAUGUAUUCAGUAUAAAAUGCAGGAAUACUUUAUUGGCAUUAUAAUAUCAUUAACUUAGUUCAUCUCUUUACGUAAAGCUGAAAUCAAAUGAAUGUUAACACUUUUGAACUGUCAUAAACUAUAUUUAAGAGAAGGGAAUACAAGGAAAAUUUUAUAUUUAUGGACUACCAUAACAUUUGUGGUUGAUCCUUAAAUUAUCCUGACUUAUACAUUUUUUGCAUUCUGUAAUGAGUCAUCUUUAUUAAAUAAAUUUACAUUUAAAAUUUUUCCUAAAUAACUAAGGCCACCUUACUUAAGCACGCUCUCCUAUAACCGCCCAUAAUUUGAAUAUAUCAUCAGAUUGAUGAGUAUGGCCAACUUCGUAAAUUUAGUUCCUGCUCCACUAUCUACAUGGAUGACUCAACUGUCUCACAACCCAACUUGAAGACAACCAUCAAAUCUGUUGCCCUUGCAAUUUUCUUCCACAUCCGGAAUCGUGUGCCUCCUGAUGAGGAAAAAGAACAGAGCCUAGCAGCUUUAGAACCCAAUAUAUUGCAGAUAUUUGAUGAAAAAGCUCACCCUCUGUCAGUAAGUUCAAUGGUACUUACUGACAAAUGUGUAGAGAUAUUAACACAAUUUAUUUACCAUAUAUUUGAAUAAAUGUGUCAACCAUUUCCCAUGUAAAUUGGGGCAAUUGAAUUUAAGUAAUGUGCUCUAAUGAUUGGCAGAUUCUCUAUUUUUUUAAUCAUUAUUAGUUCUUAGAUUCAUGCAUUUACUUAAUAAAACUUCAAGUGCAUUUUAUUAGUCAACUAGUUGUUUUUUUUAAAUGACAUACAGAAGUAAAUGAAAUGCUGGGUACCAAUUUGUUUAAUGUCUUUCUUUUUGUGAAUUUUUUUUUUUUUUUUUUUGUUGAAUUACCAUCUGAUACUAAGAUACACUUAAUGGUAACAAAAUUAUUGUCCAUAGACAGUAUUCAUAAAUAUUGAUUCAUCUGACAGAAAGAACCAGUGCCAGAAGACUAUCAAAGGAGAGAUCCUGAACAUAAAACUAUAUAUAGAUUUGUUCGUAACUUGUUUAAUGCUGCUCAACUCACUGCAGAAUGUGCUAUUGUGACUUUAGUAAGUAGUCUGAAUUAUGUUGUCUAGUUAUUAAAAUAAACUGAUUAUUUUUGAAAAAGCUGGACCCACCAUUUCUGGUGUUGGAAAUGCUCAUUAACAGUCUUAAGUACAAAAUUAAAGUUUUAUUAGAAAUUUGUGUAAAAGUCAACACAAAAUGCAAGUUCACCCAAGGGAAAUAAUUAUAUUUCUUUAAUUCUCAUAAAUGCUCCAACUCCAAACUCAGGUUGAGAUUUUUUUUAAAUAAUGAGUGCGACACUGAUGCAUUCUUCAGGUAUAUCUGGAAAGACUGUUGACCUACUCAGAGAUUGACAUCAACCCCAGCAACUGGAAGAGGAUGGUCUUGGGUGCCAUAAUCUUGGCAUCUAAAGUUUGGGAUGAUCAAGCAGUAUGGAAUGUGGAUUUCUGCCAGAUUUUGAAAGAUAUUCAAGUGGAUGAUAUGUGAGUGAUUUAAGCCAGUUAUGUAUGAUUCUACUUAUGCUACUCAGGCUUAUGCAAUUUUCAUUUAAGAUUAUUACUCUGUAAUUAUGUAAGAGAUGUUGUAUUUUAUGGUAAGUAAAUUUUUAUUAUCCACAGGAACGAACUUGAGCGCCAGGUUCUUGAGCUGCUUCAGUUUAACAUCAAUGUGCCAUCUAGCGUCUAUGCCAAGUAUUAUUUUGAUUUACGCGCCCUAGCUGAUGCGCAUGAAAUCGUUUACCCCCCUGAACCUUUGGACAAAGAGAGGGCUCUAAAGCUCGAGGUGAGUUUGAUUGAUCUUCAAAUAGAUUAAUUUUGGCUUGGUCAACUAUAUGUAUUUAUAAGAAUGAGCUAUUGUGACCAUGUAACACUGGAUUCUUUAAAACAAUGAUGGUGAUUUUUGUAUUAUUUUACAAAAAUCGAAAAAAAUCUGAUAAAAUAUACCUGCUUUAAUGCAAUGAUAUUUAAUCUUAUUUUCAUACUUUUUUUUUUAACAUAACAUCAAAAUCCAAUUCAUUUAUGUUCGUAAACAUCUGAUUGCUCGAUGUUGAGACUUUGGAAUUGCAGGUAGAAAGUACCGCAAUUGUCUUUCUCUAUUAUCCUGAUGAAAUCGGGUCAUAUCUUCUAGUGCUUGAAUAAAAAGAAAUGGUAACCUUUAAGCAUCACCAUGAAUUUCAAAUUUAGCCUCUGGAAAAGAGGUUUAAUGUAUUUUGAAGUCUUUGUGUGCAAGUGUAAACAUGUAGAGUUGAACUAUGAAUGAUUUAAAAGGUCAUGUUUACUGAACAUCUCUGUUUUGCCUCCAAUCUCCAGGCAAUGUCUAGUGUCUGUGAGGACAAACUAAGGCUGUGGCACAGGAAGAACCGCAGACGCAUUGCAUCUCUUGACGGUCACAUGUGGGCACGUCAUAAAGCAAAAGCAAUUUUAUCUUGA